CUAGCCGAUAAAUUCGCCGUUCUCCAUCGGUAAACGCAGCUGAGGAGCUAGAUAAUUCUCUGAUAUCUGCGUUACGCCGGUGUGGAAGCAAAAUUUAGGUUAAUCGGAUCUCAAUUAUGGACGAAGAGGCAGCAAAACCUAGAGACUCCACCGUGAAUCAGCAACAUCAAUACUAUUACGGAACGUUUCAAGGCGUUGCGAAUUUUCCUACUCCUACUCCACCACCGCAAUUUAUGCAACCACAGCAUCCGAUUACUACGUUUCCUGGACAUGCUUACCAAAAUCUCCAAGGUCAUGGUGGUGGUGUGAAUUAUGCUCAAGGAUUCCCAGUUGUUGUUCCUGAUUAUACAGUGGUUGAGGUGAGACCAAUGAUAGAGCAUGAACUUCCUUGUUGUGGCUUGGGCAUGGGCUGGUUUCUGUUUAUCAUGGGCUUCUUGUUCGGUGGGAUCCCUUGGUACCUCGGUGCUUUUAUUGUUCUAGUCACAUCUGUUGAUCACCGCGAGAAAGCUGGUUACGUUGCCUGUUCAAUCGCACUGCACCAGUACCAAGUCGUAGGACGAGCUCUCCCGACGGAGAAAGAUGAGCAACCAAAGAUUUACAGGAUGAAGCUAUGGGCAACGAACGAGGUUCUUGCCAAAUCCAAGUUCUGGUACUACUUAAGGAGGCAAAAGAAGGUGAAGAAGAGUAAUGGACAGAUGCUAGCCAUCAACGAGAUCUUUGAGAAGAACCCAACAACGAUCAAGAAUUUUGGAAUCUGGUUGAGAUACCAGAGCCGUACAGGUUACCAUAACAUGUACAAAGAGUACCGUGACACUACUUUGAAUGGAGCAGUGGAGCAAAUGUACACUGAGAUGGCGUCAAGACACAGAGUAAGGUUCCCUUGCAUUCAGAUUAUUAAGACAGCAACAGUCCCAGCCUCUCUCUGCAAGAGGGAAAGCACGAAGCAGUUUCACAACAGCAAGAUCAAGUUCCCGUUGGUCUUCAGGAAGGUUAGACCUCCCACCAGAAAGCUCAAGACUACCUUCAAGGCCAACAAGCCUAACUUGUUUAUGUAGAACUAGAAGCUCUCUCAUUUUUCUAUCAUAAAUUCAUAAGGUAAUUGACUUUUCAUACUUGUUGAGGGAUCGAAGUUGCUGGUUUUGGCUUUUUAAAAUUUUGUGGG